CGCCGGCCCCUUCCCAUGCGGGCGGCGCGGGCCCUGGGAGGGGCGCCCCGAGCCAACCGCGCAGCAUGCACUGGGGGGUUGGCUUUGCUUCGUCCAGGCCGUGCGUGGUGGACCUGAGCUGGAACCAGAGCGUCUCCUUCUUCGGCUGGUGGGCCGGGUCCGAGGAGCCCUUCUCCUUUUAUGGGGACAUCAUCGCUUUCCCUUUGCAGGAUUACGGUGGGAUCAUGGCAGGGCUGGGCUCGGAUCCGUGGUGGAAGAAAACCCUGUAUUUGACCGGGGGAGCUUUGCUGGCCGCGGCUGCGUAUCUGCUCCACGAACUCUUGGUCAUUAGGAAACAGCAAGAGCUUGACUCCAAAGAUGCUAUUAUUUUACAUCAGUUUGCAAGACCUAACAAUGGUGUCCCCAGCUUAUCUCCUUUCUGUUUGAAAAUGGAAACUUACUUAAGAAUGGCUGACCUACCCUAUCAGAACUAUUUUGGUGGAAAACUCUCUGCUCAAGGGAAAAUGCCUUGGAUUGAAUAUAAUAAUGAAAAAGUGUCUGGCACAGAAUUCAUAAUUGACUUUCUGGAAGAGAAACUUGGAGUGAACUUAAACAAAAACCUUGGCCCUCAUGAAAGAGCUGUCUCCAGAGCUGUGACCAAGAUGGUGGAAGAGCACUUCUACUGGACACUAGCUUAUUGCCAGUGGGUGGACAAUCUCAAUGAGACCCGGAAGAUGCUGUCUCUUAGUGGUGGUGGUCCCUUCAGUAACCUGCUCAGGUGGGUCGUGUGCCACAUGACAAAAGGAAUUGUGAAGCGGGAGAUGCACGGCCACGGCAUUGGCCGCUUCUCGGAGGAAGAGAUUUACCUGCUGAUGGAGAAGGACAUGCGGUCUUUAGCGGGGCUUUUGGGUGACAAGAAGUACAUCAUGGGGCCCAAGCUUUCCACUCUCGAUGCCACUGUCUUUGGACACUUGGCACAGGCGAUGUGGACCUUGCCAGGGACAAGACCGGAGCGCCUAAUCAAAGGUGAGCUGAUCAACCUUGCCAUGUACUGUGAGAGGAUCAGGAGGAAAUUUUGGCCUGAAUGGCACCAUGAUGAUGACAACACCAUCUAUGAGUCUGAGGAGAGCAGCGAGGGCAGCAAGACUCACACACCCAUGCUGGAUUUCAGCUUUUACUCAAGGACAGAGACCUUUGAAGAUGAGGGGGCUGAGAACAGUUUUUCCAGGACCCCAGACACGGAUUUCACCGGACACUCUCUCUUUGAUUCUGAUGUGGACAUGGAUGAGUACACAGACCACGAACAGUGCAAAUGACGUCCCACCACCGACCUUCUUUGUUAGGAGUUAACCGCUUCCUGGGGUCAGUCCGGUUUCCCAGGUAGAAAUCCCUCUGAGCUGGGAGGAGAUCUUCAAGCUUGGCCCAGUUGUAACAUGCUAACUGGACUAUAAGCCGCCUUAUUUCUUUUUUGUACAAACAAGACACAGAACCAUUCAGAUGGUCCGUUUAAAACAGACAAAACAAAUAUCAGCAUGGUACCUGAAAUCCAUUUUUGUUUUCAUCAGAAAACCAAUAUUGUGUGGGAGGGCAGGUACAUGAGUGGGCUGUCAGCUGAGUGUUUAUAUUGAUCUCCUUCAAUUGAGGACUUGGUUGUCCGAUGGAUUCUUGAGCACCUUUCAUCUGCAGGUGUUUAAAGUAAUGAGAAAUACCGUCAGAAAAGAUGUAGGCGAUAACGUCCUUUGUACUUUGUGUGUGUGAACUUGUAUGUUGAGGCAGAGGUCAAAUGUGACGUCCACCGAUAUUCAGUGGACAGCUGUUAAGAGUGUGGCGCUGAGUGGGGGUGCUAUGCAACACGCGUUUCAUUCUGAACCCUGCCAGUGACUAGCUGUGUGAUUUGGGGCAGGUCCUUUAACUACUGUGUGCCUCAUUUCUCCCACCUGUACAGUGGGGAUGACAAUACUCUCCACCUACCUACCUCACAGGGGUGUCGUGGGGAUUCGUGUGGCAGCAUCAGCAUGGCGCUUUUAAACCUCCUGGAAGUGGUGCAACACGGACGCAUUUUUUUUCUUCAUUGUGCUUCAUACAUGUUAAGAUGUGAGGGCGAAGGACUUUCAUAUUUGGGCAACAAGCACAGUCACUUGCAAAGAGCUGCACAGAUGAAACACACACAAGGCCAGUUAGGACUGUUUCAUUUCUCUCUGUGACUUUGCUGGAAGAACUUUGAAGUAGCUUCGCAAAUCAUC